GUCACCAUUAUAUCAGCUCUCGACCUGGAGACAAAAACUCAGUUGAGACAGUAGCAGCAGCAGCAGCAAUAUUUUGAAAAGUUUGACUUGAUUUUCUUGUACUCAUGGCACCCAUUCUCCUGAACUGCAUGGGGAACGACCACAGUGAAUACAUCAAACAACAGGUUCAAGUGAAAAAUCCCUACUUGGACACCAUGGAGGAGGAUAUUCUCUACCACUUCAGCUUGAGUACCAAGUCUCACAACCUACCAGAGAUGUUUGGCGACAUUAAGUUUGUGUGCGUUGGCGGCAGCGCCAAUCGUAUGAAGGCCUUCGCCCAGUUCAUCCACCAGGAGCUGAAACUGCCUGGAAACCCAGCGGAAGUCCAGGAUAUUUGCGAGGGAACCGACCGCUACUGCAUGUGUAAAGUUGGACCAGUGCUGUCUAUAAGUCAUGGCAUGGGUGUGCCGUCCAUCUCCAUCAUGCUGCAUGAGCUCAUCAAACUGCUCUACCAUGCCCACUGCAGGGACGUGAUCCUGUUUCGUCUGGGAACAUCCGGUGGAGUCGGUCUGGCUCCAGGCACGGUGGUGGUGACACAAAAGGCAGUGGACCACUCCUUCCGGCCCCAGUUUGAGCAGGUGGUUCUGGGUAAAGUGAUCACCCGCAGCACAGAGCUGGACGAAGGUGUUGCCAGCGAGCUUCUGCAGUGCUCCAAAGAGCUGCAAAACCUUCCCACUGUGAUUGGAAACACCAUGUGCACCCACGAUUUUUACGAAGGUCAAGGACGACUCGACGGGGCUCUGUGCUCCUUCUCCCAUGAAGAAAAACUGGAGUAUCUGAGGAAAGCGUACGAAGCUGGAGUGAGGAACAUCGAAAUGGAGUCCACCGUGUUUGCAGCCAUGUGUCGCGUGUGUGACCUCAAAGCGGCCGUCAUCUGUGUCACGCUGCUGAACCGCUUCGAGGGUGACCAGAUUACGUCCCCUCAUGAUGUUCUGGUGGAGUAUCAGAAGAGACCACAAGCCCUGGUGGCCCACUUCAUCAAGAAACGCCUAGGACAUAUUGUCUGAAAAGGCAUUCCCCUUAAAAUCAAUGUAUAUAAAUAUGACUUAUAUGUGUGUGUGUAUAUACUGUACCUAAUGUUCAUAUGUGCUUUCGAGACACUUUGCUUUGAUUAAGUUAAACAUGAUGUAAAAUGCAUUUAAGUUUGUAUUGUGUCACUGAAUGUGUCACAGUUUGGCGCUGCUGUUAAGGAUUUUACAAAAUGUGUUUCUGAGGUUGAUUAAGAAAAAUGCACAUUUGAUUAUUUGGUUGUACAUAGUAAAUAUAUUUUGAAUCAAUAAAUAUUUGCGGCACAGUCGACGAGUGGUUACCACAUCUGCGUCACAGUUCUAAGGUUGGCAGUUAGAGUCCGGGCCCUGUCCUUCUUGUGUGGAGUUUGCAUGCUCUCUCAAACUUGCGUGGGUUUUCUGGAUGUACUCAGGCGUCCUCCCACAUUCCAAAAAAAUACUGUAUACCAUUGGAAAGCCUGUUUGUUAACCCUUUUAAAUGAUAAGCAACUUACAUUUGUGGGAUACGCAGCAAAACGGUGUAUGUGCAUUGCAUAAAAUGUGGCAAAUCUGUUGUGACUCACACUUCUUUUGAACUUCUGAUAUGAGAUUCUGAGAUUUUGCAAAUCCAUACUUUGGUUACCAUAUUUAGCUACAUGAGAGGGGCAAAAUAUUAGAAAAAGGUGUAGUCUGCAGUUCCUACACUACUACAACCACAAUACUAAAUACACUGUUAAAUUAAUACCUUUUUGACAGUAUUAAUCAUAAUAGAGGAUAUCUAUUAUUAAGAAUGUGUUGCAUAUAGCCUUGUAUUGGAUCUCAGAGUCAACGGGUGGACCAGAGAAAGCGGCCAAUUAGUCUAGGUACAGUUAAGUUUAAAAUGAUUCACAAUUUCAGUUAGUGUAUUUUUAUGUGGUGAGUGGGUAUAUUUUACUUGUGAAUGACACAAGAAAGUGAAGUGAAGAACUGUAAAUGUGUAAUUAUUAUACAAGGCUGUUGUUACACUUUUACAUCU